AUGGUAUUGAAGUACAUUAAAAUGAUUAAAAUUAUUAAAAUUCACCUGUCCCUAUGCGAGGUCCAUAUGGAGGGCUACAGGAUUUCAGCCACCACAGUUUGCAUACAACAAGCUCAAUCAGAUUCUUGGUUUUGUACACUACCAAUUUGGAUACUUUGGCGCAUAUGGAAGAGUAGAAAUAUGCUGAUCUUCCAACAUAAACAUAUCCCGUGGCCACAAACCUUACAAAAUGCACGGAGUGAUCAUACGGAAUACAGAGAUAUAGUGAGCCUACGAGAAUCUCAAAUGGCUACG